GCGGUGGGUGGGGGGGUGGCGGGUGGCGCGCGCAUGCGCGGGGCGCGGGCUGGCGGCGGCGGCGGAGGGGAAUUAAAAUGGAAGAUGAGGAGGUCGCGGAGAGCUGGGAGGAGGCGGCCGACAGCGGGGAAAUAGACAGACGGUUGGAAAAGAAGCUGAAGAUCACGCAGAAAGAAAGUAGAAAGUCAAAAUCUCCUCCUAAAGUGCCGAUCGUGAUUCAGGACGACAGCCUUCCUGCAGGUCCUCCCCCGCAGAUCCGCAUCUUGAAGAGGCCGACGACCAACGGUGUGCUUAGCAAUCCCAACUCCGCCAGCAGGCCGGCCUUCCCUGUGAAAUCCUUGGCGCAAAGGGAGGCGGAGUACGCGGAAGCCAGGAAACGAAUAUUGGGCAGCGCAAGCCCCGAAGAAGAGCAGGAGAAACCCAUUCUAGACAGGCCGCCAAGGAUCUCCCAGCCCGAAGACACCAGACAGCCCAACAAUGUGAUCAGGCAACCCCUGGGUCCCGAUGGCUCACAAGGCUUCAAACAGCGCAGAUAAACGCGGGCGAGCGAUGCUGCUGCGGAAGGCAGGGUCCGCCGCCACGGGUCGCACUGCCGUGGCGGACAAACGGACUUGAGCAAAGGGAACUACCUGGUUUAUUUGCACUGUGAUCCCCUUUGCUCUGCCCACUGUGACCUUCAACCCCACGCACUGUGACCUCCCCUCUCCACCCACUGUGACCGGCAAACCGAGAAGGGCUGUCCCUGAGUCGCUGUGAAAGGAAAGGGGCUGAGGGGAGGGGGUUAUUAAGGACUCGGAAGGGGUGCAGGGAGUCGUGUGUGUGCCACUUGGGUUGAAGCUAGCGCCAGCAAUAACGUUUGUUGUACUCGUAACCUGGGAUUUAAGGAAAAAAAAAAUGGGAAGCCUCCCCAGACGCGCACGUUGUCCUCAUCACUUUAAGAGCAAGUUCUGUUUUAAAGGAUCUCUUUUAUUUUAAUUCCUUCCCCCCCCCCGUUUGUUUUCUGUACGUCAGACCAACGGAGUGCAUGGGAAGGGUUUUAACUGUUUGUUUUAAUUGAGAGAGGUAGUUAAGUGUUUGGAAAAAAAAAAAAAGUUUCAAUGGAUUUCUGCGACUUUAAUGGUUCGGGUUUGGCAAGCUCUUGCUUCUCCUUCUCUAUUUCUCCCACUGCCAAGCGUGUGGAAGCGGACUCCUGGAUACCUGGCCUUUCCAAUCGUCUUGGGAGCUGGUGGAGUCCGACCUAGUUUACGUCUCGCACCUGUUAAAGCUUGGCUAGUAUUGUGUGCUGGCUGUGAGGAAAAGCUUAAAAUACAUCUCUUUUUUUUCUCUCUUUUUUUUUUUGUAUUUGGGGAGAAGGGAAUAUAGACGGAUCCCAUGAAAACGCCUGCUGCCCGGCCGCUGUUUGUGGCAGAGGGCGAAGAGUUAGGGCUCCAUUCCGAGGAGAACUGCCGGCACCGCUCUGGUCCGUGAAAUAAAUACGUGGGGAGGAAGCCCCGCUCCGCACGGCGCGCGCUCGUUGGGCAGCUGCCGCCCCGACAGGGAGCAGGAUGUCCCAAGGGUCUGAACCCGAGUGGCUUAACGACGGAGCGAAGGCUCUGAUCGAUCUCUCCGUCACGGUACGUGCUGCGUUCGCCUCCGGAAACCACGGACGUCGGGGGAACAAAAACCGCCUUGGAUAAAGUGGAUGAUUCCUUCAUGGCAGCAGCUGGCUCCCCGCGAGGCUUCAGGGAAGGGAUUUUCCUCCUCUGGCUUCCAGGAAGAGGACAGGGAGACCAGUGGUCCGCCAGAACGUGGAACUUCAUCCCCCCGGAUGAAGCUGACCUACCUUAAUAUCACUUAAUAUCGAGGGAUUAGACGAACACUAAAUGCUCUUCUUGGAGGGGACGGUACCUAGAAAACCAUUUCUGGUUAUCGGCGGAUUAUUCUGUACGGGCGCAGCCUUCCCUGCUGUUUUGUGCUCAGUAGGUUCAAGGGUAAACGAGCAAAUCUUUGUCUUCUACCCGAAGGGAAGCGACCGUACAAAAAGAUGUGUAUGGAAAUACGGCUUAAAAAAAAGCAACCAUUACUGGUAAAAUAAAACUACCUGUGUAUCAAAA